UAAAAUAGUCACUUUUAAGGAAUUUCACAGACAUUUAGUGGCUCGCACGGCGUGGAGGUUGGCUCGAACGAUUCUUCGAUACAAUUUUUGUCAAAUCUAAAGUGAAGAAUAUGCAGAGCUGCGCAAAAUCCUGGGGCGUUAUCAUCAGCAGGUCGAUGAGCGCCCGCGUGCCUUAUAGGAAUCUCUGCAAAGGUGAUCGUUUUAGGAAACUUCGGGCUUUCAAUCCAAACGUUCGCACCCUGAGCACCUCGCAAGUUUUGUCGUCUAGGAAAAUUGAGAGGAUACUGCCGAGACACGAUGAUUUCUCCGAGAGACAUAUCGGACCCGGUGACAAGGAGAAAAGAGAGAUGCUCAAUACUCUUGGACUUGAGUCCAUCUCUCAUCUCAUUGAAAACACGGUUCCCGCAUUCAUCCGCCUGGGAAGAAGUUUGAAAAUGGACGAUCCCGUGUGUGAGAAUGAGAUUCUUGAGACCCUGCAGAAGAUUGCCUCCAGGAAUAAGAUGUGGAGAUCUUAUAUCGGAAUGGGCUAUUAUAACUGCUCCGUUCCACAGGUCAUACAAAGAAACCUACUGGAGAAUUCUGGGUGGGUGACGCAGUACACGCCCUACCAGCCUGAGGUGUCUCAAGGACGUCUCGAGAGUUUGCUUAAUUAUCAGACUAUGGUCUGUGACAUCACAGGAAUGGCGGUGGCUAAUGCGUCAUUGCUGGAUGAAGGAACUGCAGCUGCAGAGGCCAUGCAACUCUGCAACAGGCAAAACAAAAGAAGAACGUUCUACAUUGACCCGCGCUGUCAUCCACAGACUAUUGCAGUUGUGCAAACCAGAGCCAAUUACAUCGGUGUGAAGACGGUUCUCAAGCUUCCUCAUGAGAUGGACUUCAGUGGAAAUGAUGUUAGCGGUGUGCUCUUCCAGUAUCCCGAUACUGAGGGCCGAGUGGAAGAUUUCACCGCACUGGUUGACCGGGCUCACAAGGGCGGUGCCCUGGCCUGCUGUGCCACAGACCUGCUGGCGCUUUGUGUGCUUCGUCCUCCGAGUGAGUUUGGAGUAGACAUCGCCCUGGGCAGCUCUCAGCGUUUCGGCGUUCCUCUCUGCUAUGGUGGACCUCACGCUGCCUUCUUUGGCGUCAAAGAAAAUCUCAUCAGGAUGAUGCCAGGAAGGAUGGUUGGAGUGACCAGAGAUGCUGCUGGAAAAGAGGUUUAUCGUCUGGCUCUCCAGACCAGAGAGCAGCACAUCCGUAGGGACAAAGCCACCAGCAACAUCUGCACUGCUCAGGCUCUUCUUGCGAACAUGGCAGCCAUGUAUGCAUUGUAUCACGGCCCUCAAGGCUUAAAGCACAUCGCAGAGAGGACCCACAAUGCAACCUUGAUUCUAGCCGAAGGUUUGAAAAGAGCCGGACACAAACUCCAGCACGAGAACUACUUUGACACGCUUAAGAUCAACUGUGGCGUGGCUGGGAAGGACAUUUUAGAAAAAGCCACGCAGAGAGAGGUCAACCUGCGCAUCUAUGGUGAUGGAGUGCUCGGAGUGUCUCUGGAUGAAACGGUCACAGAGAGAGACUUGGACGAUCUGCUGUGGAUCUUUGGAUGUGAAUCUUCAGCUGAGCUUAUCGCUGAGAAAAUGAGUGAGAGAAACAAGGGGUUGUUGGCAAGCCCUUUCAAGAGAACCAGCAAGUUUCUCACCCAUCCAGUGUUUAACAGUUAUCACUCGGAGACUAAUAUUGUACGCUACAUGAAGCGCCUGGAAAACAAGGAUAUUUCCCUCGUCCACAGUAUGAUUCCAUUGGGCUCCUGCACGAUGAAGCUGAACAGUUCAUCCGAGCUCAUGCCAAUAACCUGGAGAGAGUUUGCUAACAUCCACCCGUUCGUCCCGCUGGAGCAGGCUGAAGGUUAUCAGCAGCUCUUCCGACAGCUUGAGAGAGACCUUUGUGAGAUCACAGGAUAUGAUAAUAUCUCAUUUCAACCAAAUAGUGGCGCGCAGGGGGAAUAUGCGGGCCUGGCUGCUAUCAAAGCCUAUCUGAAUUCCAAAGGAGAAUCGCACAGAACGGUGUGUCUGAUUCCUAAGUCCGCUCAUGGGACGAACCCGGCCAGCGCUCAGAUGGCUGGCAUGAAGGUUCAGGUGGUGGAAGUGGAUAAAGAUGGCAGCAUUGAUGUGGCUCACCUGAAAGCCAUGGUGGACAAACAUAAGGCAAAUCUGGCUGCCAUCAUGAUCACAUAUCCCUCCACAAACGGUGUGUUCGAGGAAAACGUCAGUGAAGUUUGUGAGCUCAUCCAUCAGAACGGGGGGCAGGUGUACCUGGACGGUGCCAACAUGAACGCACAGGUGGGUUUAUGCCGACCGGGAGACUACGGCUCUGAUGUUUCUCACUUGAAUCUCCACAAAACCUUCUGUAUUCCUCACGGUGGAGGCGGCCCUGGGAUGGGACCGAUAGGAGUGAAACAGCAUCUUGCUCCCUUCCUGCCCAGCCACCCAGUGGUGAACAUACAGUCUAGUAAUGCAGUGAGCUCUCUGGGCACGAUUAGCGCCGCUCCCUGGGGCUCCAGUGCCAUCCUGCCCAUCUCAUGGGCUUACAUUAAGAUGAUGGGUUCAAAGGGUCUCGUGCAUGCUACAGAGGUGGCCAUCCUUAAUGCCAACUAUAUGGCUAAAAGACUGGAAAACCACUACAAAAUUCUUUUCAGGGGCAAUAAAGGCUUUGUGGCUCAUGAAUUUAUUUUGGACGUCCGGCCCUUUAAAAAGACUGCAAACAUUGAGGCGGUUGAUGUCGCAAAAAGGCUUCAAGAUUACGGUUUUCAUGCACCUACUAUGUCAUGGCCCGUGGCUGGAACCUUGAUGAUCGAGCCCACAGAGUCCGAGGACAAGGCCGAGCUGGACCGGUUCUGUGAUUCGCUGUUGGCCAUCCGACAGGAAAUAGCAGACAUUGAAGAGGGCAGAAUGGACUCGAGGGUUAAUCCUCUAAAGAUGGCUCCUCACUCGCUGGCGUGUAUAACCUCCAACACAUGGGACCGGCCCUACUCCAGAGAGUAUGCUGCAUUUCCCACGCCUUUCGUGAGACCCGAGACCAAGUUCUGGCCCACAAUUUCACGGAUCGACGACAUAUACGGAGACCAACAUCUCGUCUGCACCUGCCCACCCAUGGACGUCUACGAGUCUCCGUAUGAAGAGAGGGCUUCCUCGUGA